UUACGGCCGCCACUGCCGUAUUUCCUGGGGCGCCCUUGCCUAGGUGGUUUGUAAGUGCUGGUGGUGGACGAAUCGCUUUGUGAUAGAGGCAGAAACUUGGUGGGCUGGGAUGAACCGCGCUCCUGGUGGAGGCAGGGGAACCAAGCAGGUGCCAUGGCCAGUACAGUGGUAGCAGUUGGACUGACCAUUGCAGCUGCAGGAUUUGCAGGUCGUUAUGCUUUGCAAGCCAUGAAGCAUAUGGAGCCUCAAGUAAAACAAGUUUUUCAAAGUCUACCGAAAUCUGCCUUCAGUGGUGGCUAUUACAGAGGUGGGUUUGAACCCAAAAUGACGAAACGGGAAGCAGCAUUAAUACUAGGUGUAAGCCCUACUGCCAAUAAAGCCAAAAUAAGAGAUGCUCAUCGACGAAUUAUGCUUUUAAAUCACCCAGACAAGGGAGGAUCUCCUUAUAUAGCAGCCAAAAUCAAUGAAGCUAAAGAUUUACUAGAAGGUCAAGCUAAAAAAUGAAGUAAAUGUAUGAUGACUUUAAGUUCUUAUUCACUUAUGCAUACCAGCUUUUUAUAAUAAAAUGCCUCAAACCUACAAA